UCGGGUCACGCUGGGCCGUGGUCCGGACCCUUUUUCUCUCUUGCUUUUGCGCUACUAAUUGAGUCGAAAAGACCGAUCGAUCUCUGUGAGGAUCGAUUCUUUUCAACAUUUUCGCCUUGCGAUGUCGCACGCUCUCCCUCUCCGCUUAUUAUUUGUUACCUUUUUUUCUUUUGUUCCCUGUAUAUUUGCAUCAUUGCCCAUGUCUUGGCCGCCGGCGUGGCGGACUCUCUUGGUAUUUCUCGGCGCCAUGACUUUUUGUUUCUCAUUUUUCUCCUUCGGUUAUUCACCCCCUUUUUCACCAGUCUUGGGGGUUUCUUGGGACAUGGACAAUUCUUGGGUUACAGGCGCCAAUUAUUCCUUCUCCCCAGGUGCUUCUCCUGACGGGUAACAUUUGGGACUGUAUUCUAGAGAGGCAGUAGUGUAUCAACAGUGAGCAAUUCAACGUGGAUUGAGAUGCAAAAUGAUUUUAUUCCUGAUUCGGUGAUCUACAAACCUAUCCAUGAAUCAUAUCGAAGACUAUUAU